AUGGCUCAUCCUACCACCACCACUACUACCACCGUCCAUCGUACUCGACGCUCUCCUGAUUAUGAGCUCAUCAAGCGAGCAACUGAACAUGAUCCUGAAAAGUGGGCCUUGGAUCUCAAUGGUGCUUUGCCUAAUGGAACCAAGAACAAGUCCGGCUAUGCUAUGGAUUGCACUCAAUACCCUCAAUCCGUUUCCAAGGCAUUAUCAGGCGCCACUGCUCGUGCAGCUGAUGGUGUUGUCAAUGCAACCGCCAAGCAAGUCCAAGAUCUCAAGUGGUAUAUGGCACUAUGCACCAAUGUCUAUUGCCCCAAUGUCAUUGUGAAUGAUGUUUGGGAUUGUCCUUACUGCAACAUGACCGAUGAUUUGGAUAUCAUCAAGACAUUCAACACGAAAAAGGAGGAUACCAAUGUGCUCGUAGCUCGUGGUGACAAGGAAAAAGGCAUCUUUAUUGCAUUCCGUGGCAGUGGAUCAGCAAAGAAUUGGAUUGCUAACUUGGAUUUCAUUCUUGUGGAUUAUCCUCCAGCUGAUGGCACUAAAGUACACAAAGGUUUCUUUGAUAGCUACAAUGAUGUCGCGAAUGAGCUCACUCCCCUGGUCAAAGAACUUGCGGGGAACUACUCCGAUUAUGCCAUUCAUGUCACAGGCCAUUCGCUCGGUGCCGCUACUGCUCUCCUUUGUGCCAUGGAUCUUUAUGAACAAGGAUUAAAGCCUUCGCUUUACACCUUUGGUGGUCCUCGUGUAGGCGAUCCAGCUUUUGCAGAAUACGUUGUUGGUACCAAGAUUCUAUAUGAGCGCACUGUCAACAAGCGAGAUCUUGUUGCUCACUUGCCACCCGCUGCAUUUGGCUAUCGUCAUGCUGGUCAAGAAUUCUGGAUCACUGAGGAUGAAUCUGUUGUGAUUUGCCCCAAUGGUGUUGAAUCGGACUCAUGCUCCAAUUCCAUUGUGCCCUUUACCAGUACUUCGGAUCACACCGAGUGA